AUGAUCCGUUUAUUCAUGACGAUAAAUUUCCCCAAAUUGGCAGAAAAAUUGAAAAUGUCCAAUGUGCAACCGGAGGUAUCAAAGCAAUACAGUAGAAUUAUCAAAGAAACGGUGGAGUACAGAGAAAAAAAUAAUGUGGUCAGAAAAGACUUUUUGGAUUUGUUGAUCCAACUGAAAAACUCAGGAGUACAAGUAACUAUGGACGAAAUAAUCGGCCAGACAUUUUCAUUUUUCACUGCUGGAUUCGAAACCUCUGCAACCACCACAACGAUGACAUUGUUCGAACUGGCUGAGAAUCAAGAGGCUCAGGACAGAUUGAGAGAAGAAGUGAUAAGCACCUUCGAGAAAAAUGACAAUGAUCUGUCGUAUGAAGCGCUCAUGGGGAUGAAAUACCUUGGUCAAGCAAUCGAUGAAACUCUAAGGAAAUGGCCUCCAGUAACAACCCUUCCAAGGAUUUGCAUGCAGGAUUACAAGUUUCCAGGUACUGACUUAACCAUUGAAAAGGGAACAAAAGUGAUGAUCCCAAUUCUGGCACUGCAUCGAGAUAAAGACUAUUAUCCAGACCCGGAGAAAUGGAAUCUAGACCGGUUCGAGGAUAGAAAUCAAAAAUCAUCAGUAUAUUAUCCGUUCGGAGGUGGACCCAGACAUUGCAUUGGUUUUCGUUACGCCUUCAUGCAGGUCAGACUGGGUUUGGCAACCAUCUUGAGGAACUACAAAGUUUUUCCAAGUCCAAGCACUGAAAAACCACUGGAUAUCGAUCCAGAUACCUUCCUUAUCAAAAUGAAGCAACGUAUAUAUUUGAAAUUCCAAAAAAUACAUUGA